CAUAUCUGACAUUGUAAAGUACUUAAGCGAAAAAAAUACAUCUGGUAAAAUGAAGGAGAUUCUCCAAGACUAUAAAAUUGGCAAGGCUUAUGAAUAUUUUAAAAAUGGAUUCUUGCAACAAAUAUUCUAUCAUGACAUUGAUGCAAGAUCCAAGAACUGUUUUCUAAGAGCAAAAUGUGUGCCUUCACAAAAAAUAAAAGAAGAAGAACAUGAUGUCUGGGUGUGUGUUGAGAAAGCAACAGGAGAAAUUGGAUCCUCAUACUGCACAUGCACAGCAGGUUUGGGAAGAACAUGUAAUCAUGUCGCUGGACUCCUUUUCCGAGUUGAGGCUGCAAACAAACUAGGUGCAUCUGCAUGUACUUCCCUCCCCUGCACAUGGAAAGUACCGUCAAGAAUAAAGGGAGUGAAGCCAACUAAAAUUAAAGAUUUGAGAAUCUUCAAGUCAAGACAUGGACAAUCAGAUAGUAAAAGACCUUUAGUUUGCCAGUCCAAGUUGCAGUACCAGCCCAUACCUGAAAGUAGAGACAACCUGGACACUUUUUCAGCAGUACUCAAGAAGUCUAUCCCAAAUGCUUGUAUUUUCAAAGGUUUUGUCACAGAAAGUGUAGAAGAAACAGUAACCAAACCAGUUAGUGAAGACAUCACAGCCUACACAAUACAAGACAUUAAAACAAAAUGUAACAACCAAACUGACUUUUUAAGCAACAUGCCAAAGUAUACUCAGAGUGAAAUUCAAAAAGUAAUGCGUUCUACGGUUGGUCAGUGCAGCAAUGAAAAAUGGCAUGAAAUAAGAUCGGGUCGUCUGACAUCAUCGAAUUUCUACGAAAUACAUACAAAAGUGCAGAGUUAUAAGAAAAAAGAGGGUGUUACUUUUGAUCCAUUAAUUUCACGACUCAUGGGAUACAAAAAGUUAAAUCCUAACAUAAGGUCUCUUAAGCAUGGGCGAGAAAUGGAACCAGAAGCCAAAUCGUGUUACCUUGUGGGUAUGAAGAAAGCAGGCCACACAGAUGUUAUUAUUACAGAAUGUGGAAUAUUUCUUGAUAAUGACAUGACUUAUCUUGGGGCUAGCCCUGAUUUACUCGUUGAUUGUGCUUGUUGUGGCUCAGGUGUUGUUGAAAUUAAAUGUCCUCUUGUUCCAAAAUGUGGCAAAUGUACAACAUUUUGCAGUUGUUCUAUUCCAGACUAUUUGUAUGUUGAUGGAACUAAGUACAGUUUAAAAAAAAAACACAAAUAUUAUGGCCAAAUUCAAGGCCAGUUAGCAAUAACUGGAAGGAAAUAUUGUGACUUUUUUAUAUAUACAUGUAAUGGAACAUUUUGUCAGAGAAUUGUUUUUGACAAACCUUAUUAUGAGGAAAUUGUUGAUAGUUUAAAAUUAUUUUUUGAAAAAUAUUUUGUUCCUGAACUAUUUUCUGGUGAACUUAAAAUGCAAACUGCUUCAAAUCUACAGGAGGUGUGUACCAGGAACAACAGCAGUCCUAUAGAGGACCAAAUGGAGUUUGAAACAACAUAUUUUUGUCCAUCAUGUAAUCACAUUGUGAAAAACUCUGAAAAUGUUGAAAAUUUUAUUGAUCAUAGUAUUUGCUGUGAUAUUUGUGACUUGUGGUAUCAUUUCAGAUGUGUAAAUGUAACAAAAAAGGUAGCAUCAAAGUUACAGCAGUGGGUUUGCAAAAAAUGCACUCAAAGUAAUUAAAUAUAAUUUGUCAUACAGAAUGCAUGAUGUACAUGUACAAAUAAUUGAAACUUUAAUUUUUAGAAGAAUGCAGUUACUAUAUAUGCAUUAUCAAAUAAUUUUACCUGAAUAUGUACCUGUAGAAAAGAUUUAAUUUUCAUAUAUAAAUUAUGCUAUACUUUAUAAAAAUAAGGAGAUGUGGUAUUGUUUAGCUCCAAUAGAUU